CUUCUUUUUAGAUAUAUUGCAUACAUAGUUUACUAUAUUCAGUUAAAAAAAAAAAGGAGACAAAUGACAGCUAACCCAAUUGCACUUGAUCAACCAAUGUCUACAGAUGAUUUUACACUUAUUAAUAUCUGUUCUCCAACACCAACAUCAACAAAGAAUGAGUUGGCUAAUCGCUUAGUUCAGGCAGAAAAUAAGAGAAAAAGUCAAUUGCCUCGAUAUCCCGGUUUAGAAAGAUUUGAAUUGAUUCGAAAACUUGGAGAUGGAGCAUUUUCAAAUGUCUUCGAAGCAAGAGAUUUAAGAACAGGUAGAAAAGUUGCUAUUAAAGUUACUCAGAAAUCAAAUCCAUCUGAUAAGGAUGCCAAUCAAUAUCAUUUACAUUCAAAUAUAAUUAAAAAACCAAAAGUGACAGAGCGAGCCAAUAUUAUUAAAGAAGUUCAAAUCAUGAAAAAUAUCCGUCAUCCAAAUAUAGUACAACUCAUUCAUUUUAUGGAAACUCCAGUCAAUUAUUUCCUCACCUUGGAUCUAUGUGAAGGAGGUGAACUUUUUCAUCAAAUUGUCAAACUGACUUACUUCUCUGAAGAUCUCUCUCGUCAUGUCAUUACACAAGUGGCCCAAGCUGUGCAUUACCUUCACAAAUCCUGCGGUGUUAUUCAUCGUGAUAUUAAACCUGAAAACAUUUUAUUUGAUCCCAUUCCUAUUAUACCUUCUAAAAGACGUAUUUAUCGUCCUAGUGAUAAUAUUGAGACUAAAGAAGAUGAGGGGGAAUUUAUUCCUGGUAUAGGUGGUGGUGGUAUUGGGCGAGUCAAGUUAGCUGAUUUUGGUUUGUCUAAAGUGAUUUGGAAUAGCUCUACUUUUACACCUUGUGGUACAGUCGGCUAUACUGCACCAGAGAUUGUAUGUGAUAGGACAUACUCUAAAUCAGUUGAUAUGUGGGCUAUUGGUUGUGUCCUUUAUACUAUACUAUGUGGUUUUCCACCCUUUUAUGAUGAAUCAAUUCCUAUUUUAACAGAAAAGGUUGCGCGUGGCGAGUAUUCAUUCUUAAGCCCUUGGUGGGAUACAAUGUCAUAUUCCGUUAAAGAUUUAAUUUCACAUUUACUUUGUGUAGAUGUCAAGAAACGAUAUACAAUUGAUCAAUUCCUCCAGCAUCCAUGGAUUAUGCAAGGCUCUUCAGCACAGCAUCAUCAACACUAUACAACAAAAGAUGCCACUCUUUUGACAAACAAGCAAAUUCAACAACGUGUAAAUAACAUGUAUAGUAUCAAGGAUCCUAAUAAGGCUCUAUCACCUCCUGUGAUAGAACAAGAUGAUUCGCUUCUUUUAGACGAAGACAACAGCAUGGUAUAUACCACACCUGAUGCAGCAACGCUUAGAGGUAUCUUUGAUAUCACUUAUGCUGUUCAACGUAUGGGUGAAGAAAAAUCCCUAGUAGACAAUCAUAGUUUACCAUUAUCAGAUGCUAAUAAUAAUAAGCAACAUAAUUAUCAUCAAGUACCCUUGUCACAACAAGCUUAUAAUUUACCUAUAGCGCAAAAGUUAGCUAACAGAAGUUGUGGAAUAGCUUCAAGACGAUAUCAAAAACAACAACAACAACAACAACAACAACAACAACAACAACAACAAUAUUUACCACAAAAAGUAGCAAAAAAUAAUAAUCCGUUUAUAGAUCAAAAUAGAAGACAAUUUAAACUUGAUUUAAAUAAUGCUACUUUAUUAAAUAAUCGACGUAAUUUAAAAUGA